UUGCUGCAACCUUGCUUUCUUCUCAGCCCUCCGAUCCGCGGCGGUUAAAUCCCCAUUCCUCGUACACGCCGUUCGAUCUCCACUCAAUUUGCAGCUGAUAUUUUUUUAGAUAUUUUUUUGGGUUUGCAGAGCAGAUGAAGCAAAAGGGCCACCGUCUUGUCUUCCCUUCUUUCCCUCUCAAUUCGCAGCUCUCAACUCUCAACCCUUUCCCCUCCUGCAGGCUGCUGCUCCGACGCCGCCGUUCACCGCCGUGCGACUCCGAUAUGGGCGAAGCCGUCGUCAGUUGUGAGGAUGUGAAUGUGGAUAUCAGCCCCGGCAUCGACGAUAUGGUGGCGGAAGCUCAAAGUGCGGAUUCCCACAAACCAGACAAAGAAGGGGCUGGGAUUAAGUGGGAGCGGUUCUUGCCCAAGAUGAUGCUCAGGGUCCUGCUCGUUGAAGCCGACGAUUCCACCAGGCAGAUUAUUACUGCCCUUCUCCGCAAGUGCUGCUACAGAGUUGCUGCUGUUCCCGAUGGCUUGAAAGCUUGGGAAAUUCUCAAAGAAAGGCCCCGUAAUGUAGACCUUAUAUUGGCGGAAGUUGAAUUGCCAUCAAUCUCUGGAUUUGCUCUACUAACUCUGAUCAUGGAGCAUGAGACUUGCAAAAAUAUUCCUGUUAUAAUGAUGUCAUCUGAAGAUUCUAUCAGCACCGUUUACAAAUGCAUGAUGAAAGGUGCUGCAGACUAUCUUCUCAAGCCCCUAAGGAGAAAUGAACUGAGAAAUCUUUGGCAACAUGUUUGGAGAAGACAAGCAUCAUCCAGUGUGAGAAAUGACGUUCAAGAAAAGGUUGAAGUCACUUCAGAAAAUGAGACUGCAAGCAAUCACUCAACUGGUUAUGUUGCUGGAGUCCAGAGGAAUAACAAAAACAUAGAGAAAGGGAGUGAUACUCAGAGCUCUUGUACCAAGGUGGAUUUCGAAGUUGGAAGUAGGAUACAGGAAUAUUCACAUCCGAGCCAGGGAAAUGCCUCUCCGAAAGACUUCAGGCUACAGAAAGAUGAACGUCACAUCAAUUUGAGUCAGAGAUUGGCUAUGCAUGAAAACGAAACUGGAGGAUUGGCAAUGGGCUGCUAUGUAAAUGCUGAUUUACCAAUUACACUAAGCAUGGGUCUUGAGCCAAUGAAUGAUAGUAGAAUAAGUCCUAGUAUGGCUAAUGAAGCGGGCGAUAAUAAGGAUACACUUGCCAACCUGUCCAGUGAUGCAGUCGCCUUGAAUCAUGCCUCCACCAAGUAUUCGGAUGACUGCCAAAGAAGUUCUCCUUCCACCAACGCUGCCAUAAAAAAUUUCAGUUCUGCUAUUCAUUUGGAUCUUUCCCUGAGAAGAUGUCAACCUAAUGAUUUUGAGGACCGCGGUGCAGAAGGGCGGGCUACCCUCAAACAUUCUAGUGCUUCAGCUUUUACAAGAUACACUUACAGGCCAUUGCAAACACCUAAAGCAAAAUCAGGCAGUAUCUGUGAUGGGCAAAAGGAAUAUGGAAGCAAUACCGAGGGAAGAAUGUUUGAUAUUGGUGGGACUAUUGGUGCUACUUCUACCUCUGAUACCAUUAAUCCCACGCUAAGUCUGCAAAAGAGUAGUACUUCUGUGCCUCCGAUAACUGGUCAAUCUAAUCAGUCUGAAAUUGCAAAAUCAUGUACUUCAGAGACGGUAAUCCCUCUUCAAGAUUCAGAGAAAGAUUUGAUGUCUAAUAAUCAAUGCUCAGGCUAUGGCUCCUUACUCUCUCCCAACUUUUGCACACAACGGGGUCCCUCCUCGUCUCCAUGCCCAGCUUUAGUCACUCAUCCAGAACCCAUCUUUGCAAAUCAUAAUUUGGAGCAGUUUCUAAACCAGCAUCACAGCGUCAGCAAUGCCACAAACUGGAAGAUAGAAAAUCCGGGGCAUAGGUUGGAGUCUGCAGAAAAUCAAGGCCAUAUAUCGCCUACCACUGAUCAUAGUGCAAACAGUAGUCUAUGUGGUGGUGGUAAUGCGACUCACAUUCGAACCGUGGGAUAUGCUAGCACCUGUGGGAGCAACAGCAACGUUGAUCGGGUUGGCAUUUCCAGGGUUACAUCUGAGAGCAAAAAUGAAGAAGCUUUGUUUUCUCAAGGAGUAGAUUCUCAUCGAUCCAGUCAAAGAGAAGCAGCUCUAACAAAGUUCCGACUGAAACGAAAAGAUAGAUGUUAUGAGAAAAAGGUGCGGUACGAGAGCAGGAAAAAACUCGCCGAACAACGUCCUAGAGUGAAGGGACAGUUUGUCCGUAGAGUGUACACUGAUCCACUGCCUCCAGAAACCAACAGCAAUAUGUCCAACGCUUAGCAGUUGGAAUCAAGGAAAUGGGCACGCCUUGAAUAAGCGCUUAAGCGUAUUGCUGCCUUUCCCCUACUUAAUACCAAUAGAAACUGAUAAAGCAAAGUGUUGGCUAUGGAAAGUAGAGGAAGCAUGAGCUGCCUUCUUCCAAUGUCACCACUUCCAAGUUCCAAGUUCCAUAUUCAUUUUAUUUGCUUUGCUUUGCUUCCCAGGUUUCUCUAUCUUUCGUGUAAGAGCAGUGUAAUUUUAGAAAUUUCACGAGUGACAUUCUUUAUAUCCUAACAUGUAGAUACACAUGUUCAUUCCAACAUAUGUAUAUUAGUUUUUUGGGUCUGUUAGGAUUUAUUUUGUCUUUGUUAUUGAAGUGAGUUUACUGAUGUAA